GGUGGCUCGAAGGAAGGAGGACAUGGGCAGUGCGGCAGUCCUGAUACUGCUUCCCCGUGAUGAUUUGCCCAAUGAAUAGGACUUUUGACGCCCUGGCUCUGUUGCUCCCGACUUUUAACCGGAACUCAAUAACUACUGAUUCCUGUCGAAUUCGCUUCGGUGAAUCCAUACCUAGAUCACGCGAGCUGACAUGAGCUUUGGCCAGGUACAUAGGAGAAGAAGCCAACUGUCUCCUGGACUUGACUGAGGCCCAUGUGUGCGCUCUGUUCAACCUGGCAGUUCUAGUCGGACCAUCCUCGUCACCAUUAUUUGACUAAGAGAUUUGCGAAAAUGUCUUGGCUAAAUCCAGGUAGUUUUGCUUCUGCUGUUUUGUUCGUUUUCCUGAUGGGCCGCAGCAAGUCUCUAUCGAGGGUUUGUCAGUCAUGUUCAAGUGACAUGAUUAAGGAAGGCAUGGUCCCGUUUCUCAAGGUGUGGAAUACACCUUUGGGUCACGUUCUUUGGGGGAGAAGAUGAAAGAAGCUUCGGGUUACGGGCAUAUUCUUGGCAUAGACUCUAUCUCGGCGAUGCACAGCUGCGAAUAUGAUGCAAGGUAUGCAUAUGGUGUGUUAUUGACGGUGAAGGGUUACCCAGACAAUUACGUAGUAGGGUCAGUUAUCUGUCGUACUUUGACUACUAUUAGUAUUAUAGGUAAUCAAUUUGAGCUGGAGUUGUUCC